AUGAUGGGUUGCUUCACUGUUCUCAGAUCCAAGAAGAAGAAAACCCCUUUUGAUAAUCCUCUUGUUCCAAGCAAGAAAUCGGUUGAUGCAAGGGAAAGAACAUCGUCUAGACUUCCGGAGCCAGAAGUUCAUGUGCCAUCUUUGCAAUCAGCUCCUCCUAGUUUUAGGAACAGGACUAAGAUAUCCCAGUCGUCAAAUAAAGUUUCAAACAGCAGAGCUCGCGUGUUGUCUGCUCCAUCAACCCUUAUUGUGGUCGAUCAGUUUGGAUUUCCAUAUGCCGAAUACCAUCAAGACGACUCCAGGGAUAAGGAAGGUUCGACAAAGGGGCAUCGCUUUUCAAAUCCUUUGCCCCUUCCUCUUCCUUCACCGGAAGGACAUUCUUUUAGGAACUCUGGUAGCUUCAAAGCCAGCAACGUAAGUGGGCCAUUGGAGAUGUCCGGCCCUCUCCCAUUGCCUCCAAAGAAAUGUGAUGGACUUAGAAUCUUCUCUUACGAGGAGGUUUCAUCUGCUUGCCAAUGGUUUUCCAGUGACCAGUGUGUUUCAGAAACACUUGGUUCAACAUCAUACAAGGCAACAUUUAGGGAUGAAUUUAUUGAUACAAAGACCACUGAAGCAACGGUAGCUCGAUUACUCCCCUCCACUCAGAGUUUGAAGGAGUUUAAAACACAAGCGACCACAUUGGCAUCGCUUCAGCAUCCCAAUUUAUGUAAACUGAUUGGCUAUUUUGCAAAAGAAGAUUCUAAUGAAAGGAUGUUGGUCUAUGAACGGCUUCAUCAUGGGAGCUUAGAUAAGCUACUCUUUGGAAGACCAGAUGGUCGUUUCAUGGACUGGUCUAAACGUUUGAAGGUUGCCCUUGGCGCGGCCAGAGGUCUUGCUUUCUUGCAUGAUGAAGGACCCUUUCAGGCCAUGUACAGCGGGUUCUCAACUUUGAACAUCCAAAUAGAUAAAGAUUUCACUGCUAAGCUUUCAGGAUAUGGUUGUGUUGGCUUCAAUACUGAUAAGAUAUCUAAUACACCUGCGUCUGCAGCAAACCUUUCAGUGGAGACCUUGGAGAAGGGUUUACUCACUCCCAAGAGCAACGUCUGGAGCUUUGGAGUUGUGUUACUGGAGCUAAUAACUGGAAGGAAGAACCUUGAUGCCAAUUAUUCCAAAGAAGAACGCAAUAUUGUCAGGUGGAGUAGACCUUUCCUUACUGAUGAUAGUCGCCUAUCUCUGAUCAUGGACUCCCGUAUAAAAGGGCGCUUUCCCACUAAGGCUGCUCGGAUAGUAGCAGACAUCAUUCUGAAAUGCUUGCAUAAAGAUCCAUCAGAGAGGCCGACCAUGAGGGAUGUUGUGGAGGCCCUAGCAAGAGUCCAGGAAAUAAAGGUUCCGUGCAGAUAUCCUCUGCAAGAACCUUCUGCUGCACCAAGAAAAAUAAUGUUAAAAUCUACAUCCCUCAAUGGAAUUGUGCCUCAUCAUCCUGUCAUAACCUUCUCUCCAUCGCCGCCUUCACAUAACCAACACUUGAUUUCACCAAGGUCAUCGACAUCUGCCUUGUUUCAUCCAAGGACAUGCUCUUCUACUCUGGAUGAUCCCGGUGUAAGCUCUAUAAAGAAAACACCUCCUAUUAGGCGUAGGUCUAGCGUUGAAGGCUUUUGA